CUGUGCUUUAAGUUGCCCCUCAGGUGGCCGCACUGUUCCCGCCUGGAGCCCGCUGGAUGAAUGCUGGAGCCGUCGCCUUACGGCCGGCGCCAGCCAACGGGCCCAACCUUGACGGAGGAGGGACAGCAAUCAGUAAGAACAUAAAAACGUUUCAAAUACAUCAUUACUUUACUGAUCGUCGACUCCGCACCCAAUAGUCGAAAGCAGGAUGUGCCCAGAUACCUCUGCCAGUGCCCAGCCAGAUGAGGGAACCUCGUGGAGAGGGUGCGUGCUGAUUGAGUGGUUCUGCUUCCUGUGUUGUAUAGAUUAUAGCUGAGUGAGGAGGUUCCUCGGAGCAGGGAUAACUUGCUCCGCUCUCAAUCCACUGAGCCCAAGGGAGGCGGAAGAGUUUAAUACCACGUAUUCAGAGAAAAGCAUUACCCCUCAAAGGCACACUCCACAUCACAUCCCACAACAGCAACACAGAUUCCUGGUGGAAACCAAUGCUGCCGGGGAGAAGGAGUGACACAGAGAAAUAUGUGGAGGAUAACCUCAAUGAACAUUUUGCGGUUCUUGCUUUUCCUGAUUCUAAUAAUUGUGUGCUUGAAGAUAUAUUCCAAGUCAAAGCCAAAACAAACUUACACUCCUGUGAAUAGUAACUUCUGGAGUAAGCAUGGAAAAUCAAUAGCAAAUAAACAUGAACUGACGAGCCUGACCAAGGAAAUCUUACAGCAAGGAAAGGAGGAUAUCAAGUCAGUGCUGAAGGCGCCAUCAGACCAUCUGAAAAAUUAUAUUUCUUCAGGGAUGAGAGUCGUGCACUUGGAUCUCAAAGGAGCUCCACCCAAACUUGCUUAUCUGAAACAGAUCUUUCCACUUCUGUCCAGUAUCGGGGCCAAUGGUAUAUUAAUGGAAUACGAGGAUACAUUUCCUUACUCUGACGAUCUUGAAAUCCUCAAGUCUACCUAUGCAUACAGUUCUGCUGACAUUGACGAGAUUCAGCAGCUGGCUGAGAGCAAUAACCUGAAGGUUAUACCCUUAAUUCAAACCUUUGGCCAUAUGGAGUUUGUUCUCAAGCACAACAAAUAUCGGCACCUCCGAGAGGUGAGGAAAUACCCCAAUAGCCUCAAUCCUCAUUUACCAGAAUCUCUGAAUUUAGUGAAGAAGAUGCUCUCUCAGGUACUUGCCAAGCACAAGAAAUCUACCUGGCUCCACAUAGGGGCUGAUGAGGUUUUUUACCUUGGGGAAAGCACUGAAUCCAAACAAUGGAUAAACAAGGGACGAGGUGAUAUUGGACAAAUAUUCCUAAAGCACAUCAAGGAAAUUGUGCAUUUUGUGAUCAACAUGUACCCUGGCCUUAAACUUCUGAUGUGGGACGAUAUGUUGCGGAAGAUUAGAAACGAAAAAAUCCAUGAAACUGGUAUAGCUGAACACAUCACUCCAAUGAUGUGGUUCUAUCAGCGACAUUUUGAUGUUGCCAAAGUAGAGCAACUCCUCACUAAGUAUGUGGACAGUGGAUUCAGAAGCAUCUGGUUUGCAAGUGCAUUUAAAGGGGCUACUGGUGUUGGCCAGGUCUUGACCCCAAUCCAGAACCACCUAGAAAAUCACCUUCAGUGGUUGUGGGUUAUUCAAUCUAUGUCACAGUUCCCAUUGCUUCACUUCCAAGGAUUGGCAUUAACAGGCUGGCAAAGGUACGAUCAUUUCUCUACACUAUGUGAGCUCCUGCCAGUUGCAAUCCCAUCCCUGGUGGUCUGCAUGCAAGCUGUGUCUUUUGGAUCUUAUACAGAUGAAGCAAAAGCCAAGGCACAGGAGAUUUUGGGAUUUGAAAAUAUCAUCCUGGACAGCAAUCUGAGUGAAGGAGAUGGAACAUUUGCAGGGGUUGAAAUUUAUCACAUGGUUCAUUGGAUCUAUCGAAAUCUGAAAUCUGAAGUAACAAACAUUCUGGCAAAUAACAGAACAAUCGAUGGAUGGUUCAACCAUUACCACAGAAAACAUCGGUUUGGAAAUCCUAAAACCAUGGAACUAUUUGGCAGCAGAAUAAUCCAAAUUCACACUAAGUGGGAGGACUACAUGGGGAGGUUCCGUGACCAGAUGGAGAAGAUUUUCUUUCCCGACACCGUGGAAGAAUGGAUGGAAGUCCACGUGAACUUAUACAUGGACCCUCUGCGAGAGUUUGUGAAAGAUUACAAAGAAACUAUCACAUUGAUGGGUGCACCUAAACAAUGAAUAGAAAGUCAACGGAAGUAAGUUUGCGGAAUGACUAGAAGCCAUCCAUUUAUACAGUUGCUGUAUAUGCAUAAUACAACAGGUAGAGGGAAAAUAUCGAAUCACAGGUUCUAGGUACUGCAUCAUCAUAUUAGUUUGCCAAAGGUUGCGACUUCUGUUAGUUUGACUCUUUAUGUAUUUUACACAUAAAACUGGAAAAAUAUCUUGUGAAA